GAAAACUAAAUAGAACCUCUUGUCGAUCUCCAAAAAUUCAUAUCCAAUCUUAUCAUCUAAAAAAAAAUACUUAUCUGAAUUCGUUUCUGCAACACUGUAACUGCCGUUCUCAGUUUCAUCAAUGGCUUUCAGAUCUCCGAGUAAUUUGAAAUCAGUUAUGGGUCGUCUUAGGAUGGGAGGAAGCCCAAGCUCUACAUUUGCCACAUCCACCACGCCCAAACGCAGCCCACAGACUUUAUCUGCUCAUCAGUCCGCCAAUAAUCCAAGAACAGUAAAGAGGAGCAAGGGAGAGUGGGUCCCCGUGUACGUGGCAGUAGGGUUGAUACUGGUGGCAGCUGGUUUUGGUGCGCAUACGGUGACACAGCAAAUAGGCCGGGCUCCAGGCGUGUAUGUGAAGAAAUCCAGAAGAGAAUCAUUGCCUGAGGUCGAUGAUCCGGAUCAGCAGCUGGAGUUAGCUGAUCGCUUCGUGAACAAAUCUUUUUUCAGGAAAAUUGCUCAUGUUCAAGACUAUGAUCUUCCUCACCACAACAUGCCCGAUCCUAUCCGUGACGACGUCUACGCAAAGAGGCCAAGAGCCGAGACACUGAAAUCGGUUGGAAUUGAUCCAAAGGCUCACUAAUCUCUAGUGUUUAAGCCAACAGCAAUCUGCCCUGAGUCGAUAGUCCGUAUAGCAAAUAGAGCACAAAAAUGUGGUGUUGUACUCUGCUCAGCUGCUAGCUCUCUCCUUGAGUGGUAUAGAAGCAUGGAUGAUGAAUCCAUUUGUUUUUGGUACUAACUUGAGAUUUAAUAAAUAGGAAGAAGAGCUUUGUAUUUGUAUAUUGUUGUAGUGCCUUGCAGGGUUUGAUUGUGCCUUUAGCGUUUUUAUCAUUCGAUAUAGAAGUCGAGCAGUGUAUUUGUUCUCCAAACGCUUUUUUUAGUUGUUCUCUUUAAGCGCUGGUAUGUUAACGUUCCCUGCUAAGCAAAAUGUUGUUUCAUUUACGUUGA